AUGCGCAGCUACAAAACUCUUAACUUUGUCCUCAUAUAUUUGUAUACCUUGGAAAUGAGGGCAGAGUCUUGCUACCACCUUCCACACCUCAUAGACUGCAUUGAAACCAUCAGCAAUCGCUUCUUUCCACCGCGGAGUUCUGUGGUUUUAUCCGUACCUUCCCGGCUCCCGAACAGUGAACUGCUGCACAAACUGAGCUCAAGACACACAGAUACCACAGGUCUGUUGUUAAAAAGGCUGCAUCAUUCCGUCCAGCGGCCCAUCGUUGUGUUCCACACUGGAUGUGUUAAAGUUCCAUGUUAUAAUCACGACAAACACGGGAGCUACAUUUUGUGGACGUCUGUCGGCAUCGGCACACAGCUACGGCAGUUAAAAUCAUAUGGCGACGCCUGGAAUCCUAACACACGUUUUCUGGUCGUAUGGGACGAUCCCAUUGUGGACAAUCGUCGGCAGAUGCAGGCAAUUGUGGAAGAAAUGAUAAGGUGGAAAAUUCUGAAUGUCAUAAUCCUGGUUCCAUCAAAAGACGGAGAGGAAGAAUUCGACGUGUAUACAUGGUUUCCUUAUCAACCACCAUCAGGUAACUGUGGCAACUUUGUGAAUGUCAUUCUCUUGGACAAAUGGAUCAAUAAAAACGGGGGAUACUUUAGUAAAAAUGCUUCCCUGUACCAAGAAAAAAUUCCUCGCGAUUUAAUGGGAUGCCCUAUAACGGCAGCUACCAUAGCUCUGGAGCCUCAUGUAAUAUCCGAUCAACAUAAAAAUGGGACGACGUAUAAUAGGGGCUUGGAUGUUAGAAUUUUCCUGCAUAUAACACAAACAAUGAACGCAUCUGCAGUUUUUACGCCUCCGACUCCUGAAUUAUGGGGCCGGAAAAUUCAGAAUGGUUCCUGGACUGGGAUAUUUGGAGAAGUAUAUAACAACAGAGCUGACAUAGCCUUCAGUAGUACCAUGCUUGUUAUAACGAAGUUCGGAGACCUGGACUUCACAACACCUUAUGGAACUGCAAAUUUUGUUUGGGUCGUUCCCUGUGCGAAACCUUACCCUCCUUGGAGCAGCAUCACCAGGGUCUUCUCGACAGGCAUGUGGAUACUUGUCUUCGUCGUCGUGAUUCUAGCUGCUGCAGUAAUGCUAUGUUUGUCAGUGUUCUCAGCCAACACCAGCCACGAGGUAGAACUUUACAAGAAUAUGUGCGGUUGUUUGACUAGCGCCUGGGCCGUUUUGCUAGGAACGUCUGUUGUGAAGAUGCCAGUCUCCAUACCUCUCAGGUUAUUCUUUAUCCUUUGGGUCAGCUGCAGUCUUGCAGUAAAUACGGUUUUCCAAACAUUUGUCACCACCUACCUAGUAAACCCUGGACAACAAAAACAAAUUGACAGUGUGAAAAGUUUGCUCGAUUCUGCAAGUUAA